AUGUGGGUUCGAUGCGACGGCACCACGUACCCGUGUAGUACUUGCCAAGUCGCUGCCAAGCUGUCUGGUUCAGGAUGUAGUUCUACAGAUAGUGUGGCUUGCUCUGCUCCACAUGUCAAUCCACAUGUCAGAUACGUCAUUCAAGCAGGAACAUCUACUGAAUCUAAUGAAUCUCAUGUUCGAGCUGAGACCUGCCACUGUUUUCCAGUGGCAUUUGCUGGCCAGAUCUGGCUGCAGCUGAUCUCAGGUGCAAGGAGUUGGCUCGGCAGCCUUGGUGAGGUCAGCCUGCGCUUGGUGCGAAUGUCGAGAGGGGCCGUUGACGAAGUGAGAGAGGCGGCGAAGUUGUUGGAGAUGCCGCCAAUUCCAGUGGAGCAGCCCUCUGUGGUGGUUGCCCGAACCCAGUACUUCUCCUUGGGCAAGCAGGAGAUAUACGUCCUCUACUCUAGUGAUGCCUGUGCUGUCACGCUGCGGCUUUUCGAGCAUUGGAGGAGCCCUGCAAAGGAGGCCGGCAUCGCUGUCUUGGUGUUUGGUGGGGCGGCCGACCUGAACCGCGAGCUGACGAAGCACGAGGAUGACUUGCUCAACCAGCUGCAUGGGCACGGAUUCGGCACCGUGGUCUUUGUCGGACUUUGUGGACAGGGCGACCCGUUCUGGCGAGGUGGUCUUUGGCAGUUUGCCCCACUUCUGCUAGGCAAGUCCCACGUCGGCUACCACGGCUCCGAGGUUCUUGCCACCGUGGCCUGGGCAUUCAGGCAGUUGAGAUGUCAUCACGUUGUCCUGAUGGCUCGCGGCAGCUCGAGCGCAGCUGUGCUUCAUGCAGCCCCGCAUGUGCCGCACUUAGCCGCCGUGGUCCUGCUGUACGCAGUCGCGGAACUAGCUGAUGUGGUCCGUGUUCGGAAGCAUCGCCUACCGUGGCAGAUGCAAGUUCAUGGAGUACUCAAACACUAUGACUUGCCGGACCUCCUGGCAGCUUUGCCCAAGUCCGUCGCCAUUGCGGUGGCGAACCCGCUGGGUGCAAAGCGCAACCGGCUGUCCUGGAGCCAGGCUUUGCGAAGCUAUCGCCUUGCUGCGCGAUUUCGAGGCAUGCGCCUGCGAGUGCUCUUGGGAGAGGACGAGGCGACUUGCCUUCAGAUCGCCAGAUUCCUGAAGAGGUUGUUCACAGGUGCCGCUGGCAUCCUUACGUGA